GCUAAAAAGGCGUAUAUCAUCUGCUAAUUUCCGUCUUACUGCAAGUCACGUUUGUGUAUGAAUGAUGGCUGCGCAAGACGAAUUGGAACUACUCGAUAGAGUAUUCCUACGGAUUGGGUCCGCUGAGAGUGAUGAACAGCUGGAGAAUGUUGUCUGCCGCUUUCUUCCCCCUGUGCUUCUUAAGCUCUCCAGCAGCCAAGAAGGAGUCAGGAAGAAGGUCUUGGAAUUGCUGGUUCAUGUAAAUAAACGGUUAAAAAGUAGGCCACAGGUUCAAAUCCCUGUUGAAUCUUUGCUGUUGCAAUACCAGGACCCAUCUAGUAUUACAUUUGUAACUAACUUCACCAUCUUGUACUUAAAAAUGGGUUUCCCGAGGCUUGAGAUUUCAAAACAGGCAGAGCUAGCUCAUUCUCUCAUCAAGUGUUUAGAAGGGAAACCCCCUUUACAACAAGACAGUAUCCUUCAGAUGUUGGUACCUACGCUCCCGCAUCUCAAGCUUCCUGAUGAUCCUACCAAGAGAAGAGCCAUCUUUGGUCUGAGUGAGAAAGUCGAAACCAUUCACCUACUAACAACAUUUCUCAUGGAUUAUCUACUCCUACCUUACACUUUCAGUGAAGAGAGACCCAACACAGCACCAGCUAGUGGUCAAGCCAGUGCGGCCACACCCAACCGACCAAGCUCCGCCUCCCAGCAGCCGACCUACCAGACCCCGCCUGGUCUAAGCCCCAAUGCCCUCAAGAGGUUGAUAGGGGAACAUGGGUUGCCUGAUGCUAAUACCAUUGAGGAGUGCAAAGUUGGCAUCGUUCGUUUUCUAAGUGCUGAUGUGUUGAGUGAAACAGAUGUUGUUUGCCAUCUCAUAGUAGCAAGUUCUGACACCAGAUAUAGUGUGGCAACAGCAGCUGAUGUCUUUCUAAAGAAAAUUCAUAGUGGAAUCGAUUGGAAUGACAUGACCAUUGUAAGAAGACUAUACACCCUGUUUCAAGGCAGUGUAGCAGUCAAAGGACAGCCUACACCAAAGCAAGAAGACAAGCGAUCUCCUGUUGGCACCAGAACCAGAUUAAAACUCUUCCCAUAUCUCCUGAGAUCAAGACUAGCUGCAGACCAGUUUCCAGCAUGUGUUCAGGUGAUCUUUGACUGCUUGUAUGGUGCAAACUCCAACAACAAGCUGAAAUCCAUGGCUGUUCAGUUUGUCCACCAUCUCUGUGCAGCUUGCAGUGAUGCCCGUAUGCAACCAAUGGGACCUAUCCUACUAUCAGGGAUGGUCAAACUCAUCGCUGAAGCCAAAGAUAAUGUGAAACUUAGGAGCCUUGCUUAUGUUGCUGUUGGAAGGUUAUCAAAGAGACUACCACAGCUAUUCACCAAAGAUAUGGGACUUCUACAACAAUUCUUUGAUGCUGUAUGUAAGGAAGAAGAUGAUACCCGCUUACAUGUACAGGAGGCACUGACCCUGAUGGCUGUGGCUUACAAAGGUAUCCAGGAACCCCUUAUUCAGAUCAUGGAAGUUCUCAUUAUGGCCAACAUUGAAAAGUCUGAACCUCAAGCCAGAAAGACGGCUGUCCACUACGCAGCAACUGUGUUUCCUAACCAUCAUGUAGCAUCAAGAUAUGCCUUACUCCUUGCUACAGGAGACAGCAAAGAGGAUAUUCAUCAAGAAGCAGUAAGAGCACUAAAGCUUAGAAGGCAGUUUGAGGACUAUGAGAGGGUAGAAGGAGAAGCCUCAGAUACCAGACCUGUACCAACAUUCGCAGAGAUGGUGCCUUACAUCAGUGAAAAGGCUAGUCAGAGAGUCAAGAGUUCAUCUAGAUACGUCACUGGUACAACACAUCUAGCCUUUCGUCCAGAGACUUUCAAACACGUAAUCUUUUAUCUUCGAUCUUGCUUGCUCCACGACGCCGGCACCGACCUCCCCCCUGAGGUACGAGAACCCCUCCCGCUCGAGAACAAAGCCCCCAUGGUCAGUCGCUACCUCCAGCAAACCCUCACCAACCCCACCCCACAGGCAUCCAGGAGCAAGGGAAACUCAUCGAGCACAGAACGUAACCCCGCCCUCUCGUACAUGGCUCUGAUUGGUCAGCUGCUCAAUGGGGCGGGGAGUCCCGAUGUCAUGUACUGCUUGCUUGAGCUGGUUGCCAUGGCACCAAACAAACUUGCAGGGCAUUACAUCAACAAGCUUGAUUGGAUCAAGAACUUUGUAUUUGGUUUAUCUGAGCCGAUGAGGGAAUGGGCCGCUCAACUGUAUGCCGUUGUGGCAUGUAUGACUAAUACUGAGAAACUCAAUGCCAUUCUGAUCGGACUCAUCAAGUCAGCUAAAGACCAGUCUGUAGAGGGACAGCAUGGAUCAAUGCUUGCACUCGGAUACACCAUUGGACGCUACCUCCACAAAACCAAGAAGGCUUCCCAAGACUUGGUCGUUGAAGACAUGGAGGUCGAUAAGACGUCUUCCCAAGAUGCACUUCAGUCUACAAUCACCAAGGCAACCAAUCUUUUGGUCUCUUAUGUCGAUGAUAGCAAUAUGCUAUUUAGCCAUGGAGCCUGCCUCGCCCUAGGUGAGAUAGCCCGUAAUGGACCCCUUCCCAUCCCUCAUGGUGAACUCUCCCAGACAGAAGAUGGUAGGGGGGAAGAGACCAAAAAUAGCAAGAGGGGGAAGUCUUCAGGCGGAGGGACAACAGAAGCAACUAAAGCCACCCUGGUCAAGAAGCUGAUUGCGAAAUUGGAUUCCAUUAAAUUCUCUCAGAAGCUAAAAGAGCAAGCCUGCAUUACCCUUGGAUACCUCCCAGUUGGUGAUCCUAACUUCAAGUUUACUCAAGCUGUUCUAGAAGGCCUCAUCAAAUCUGCAAAUAGCAAUAACAACAAACAGAUGGAAAUCCACUUCAGCGUCGGUGAUGCCAUCUCACAGGCGUCGUUGGGUGCCCUCUCAAGGUCAAGCCGUGAUGUAUGGAUGGAAGAAGAAGGUGAAUUAGCCCCAAUCAAAUCACUGAAGAAGGGCCAGACAGACUGGGUGGAAUGGACCCUUAAUAGGAUACUGAACGAAGAGAUCACAAGCCAGAACCAUCAUAAGAGACAGGCUUCAUGUUUCUGGUUGCUGUCGGUAGCCAAGAAGUGCGGUAGUCACCCGUCCUUGCAGAAGCGUCUGGUAGCUGUUCAGGCAGCUUUCAUCGAUAUGCUUUCUGAAAAUAGUGCGUUUACCCAGGAUGUAGCAUCCAAAGGUCUGAGUGUCGUCUAUGAGCAAAGCAGCGAGGAGGAGAAGAAGGCCAUGGUCAAUACACUAGUGGAUACACUAGCUACUGGGAAAAGAUCCACCAAGAAGAAUGUGACGGCAGACACAAAGGUGUUUGAAGAGGGCACCCUUGGCGCUAAUCCUGAAGGAGGAGGUUUGUCCACGUAUCGAGAGUUAUGUUCCUUGGCAUCAGAUCUCAAUCAACCGGAUCUCAUCUACAAGUUCAUGCAUCUAGCCAAUCACAACGCUAUGUGGACAUCUAGGAAGGGGGCAGCCUUUGGUUUUGGCACCAUCGCAGCACAGGCUGGGGAGCAGUUGAAGCCGUACCUUCCUCAAAUUGUUCCUAAGCUCUUCCGUUACCUCUACGACCCCAACGGUUCAGUCAGGGCAGCUAUGACAGGUAUCUGGGCUAACGUCCUCAAGGAUAACAAAACGGUGAUGGACACAUACUUGAAAGAGAUAAUUGAUGAUCUCUUAACCAAUAUCACAAGCAGUAUGUGGAGGAAUAGAGAAUCUAGCUGUUUAGCUCUGAGUGAUCUCCUGAGAGGAAGGAAUGUGGAUGACAUCGUUGAGUCUCUGCCAGAGCUCUGGGAGAAAUGCUUCUUGGUUCUUGAUGACAUCAAGGAAUCUGUUAGGAAAGCAGCAGAAGCAGCAUGUAGAUCUCUCAGUAAGGUGUGUGUUAAGAUGUGUGAUAUCAACUACGGUAAAAUAGGUCAACAAGCAAUAUCUUUGGUUCUUCCUUGCCUCUUCAAGGGUCUCCCAAGCAGAGUCACGGAGGUCAGAACUUUCAGUCUUUCAACAUUGGUAGCAAUGAGUAAGAAUGCAGGUGACUCCAUCAAGCCUCACAUACCCCAGCUAGUAACAGCCCUCCUUGAAGCACUCAGUGGUUUAGAACCCCAAGUCAUGAACUACAUCAGUCUUCAUGUAGGCAAUGAUAAAGAUGCACAAGAAAAGCUGGACGUUGCUCGGAUAGAUGCAAGUAAAUCAUCUCCAAUGAUGGAAACCAUUAGAAUGUGUGUGCAAUAUGUAGAUUCAAAUGUCCUCAAUGAACUAGCUCCAAGGGUCAACGACCUUAUACGAAGUGGUAUUGGCGUAGGAACCAAGGCUGGUUGCGCCAAUUUCUUGAUUCUGCUCAGUAAUCAGUGCCCCCAAGAUCUAACACCACAUGCAGGCAAGCUGUUGGCGUCCUUGCUCUCUGGCCUGAAUGAUAAGAGUAUGGCUGUAAGGAAACUCAAUGCAUCUGCAAUAGGAAAUCUUAUUAAGGUAGCCAAAGACAGUAGUGUAGAGAAGCUGAUCUUGCGUUUAAAGACAUGGUUCUUGGAGAAAGAUGAUGCGGACCUCCAUGAAGCAAUGGGAACGACCCUACUAGCUAUGGCUUGGUACAACCCUGAUAUCCUCAAGAGACAUGCUGCCGUGGCCUUACCUUUGGCCUUUCUAGCCAUGCACCAGAAGAAAGAACCUGGCAAAGAUUGCAUGUGGGAAGGAGUAUGGCUCGAUAUGACACCAGGAACAGAGGGUGGCAUCCGCCUCUACCUCUCGGAGAUCGUCACCAUCACCAAAGAUGGUCUGUCCUCAUCAUCGUGGCCUCGCAAGGCCCAGGCUGCCCGGGCCAUGGGGACCGUAGCUACCAAGCUAGGUGCCAAGCUUCAGCCCCCUCAGUUAGGGCUUCUUCUAGGGGCUUUACUUGAUGGACUACAAGGAAGGACAUGGGAUGGCAAGGACGAAUUGUUGAAGGCAAUUUCUACAGUGUGUAUAUCAUGCAAGACUGCGUUACAAACUGAGAUUGAAAACCAACCAACCAUGGAUACCGUCCUGAAUGCCCUCUUCAAGGAAAGCCGUAAGGAACGUGUGGAUUACAAGAUGGCUGCCUUAGACUGCCUUGCCUCUGUACUCCAAGCACACGAAGCAGACAGAUUCAAAGAACUAACUGAUAUCUUGUAUCCCAUCAUCAGCAAAAAGAAGUCAGAAGAUGGGAGUGAUGAGGAGGAUGUCACAGACAGAGCUCAACAGGAUGAGAAGUUAAAACUCAAAGAAUGUGCUUUCAUCAACCUUGGUCUAGCAUGGCCAUCAUCAGAAGACACUCAAGGUAGAGUCAUGAGACACCUUUUCAAAAAAGCAGAAUCUUUCAAUUUUUGUCAAGUUCUAUGUGAAGGUCUAGAGGGAAGUACUUUUAAGAUUCAGCUCGCCAUUGUCAAGUCCCUUCAUCUCUUCUUACAGAGGAUCCAUUUGCUGCAGGUGGAAAGCCUUACAGAAGAUGAACUAGCAAGACUUUCAUCAAUUUUAGAAAUGUUUUUCCCUGCAAUUUACAAAAUGUUAGGUAUUGUGAAGUAUGCUGCCAUCAGGAAAGAAUCCCUUGCUGUUCUGGAGUAUCUUAUGCCAAAAUUGGCAGAAUCAUCUCGAUUAUCAGUACUAACUUCCCAUCAGUCCAAGCUACUCCAGGAAGGCAUGUCAAAGGUCACGUCUGAUGCAGACCCAGCGGUACGAGAGAGGGCGGCAAACCUCAAGAAAUUCAUCAAAGAGAGCUUUGUCUUUGAGGAGGAAGAGGAACAAGAAGAAGAAGAUGAGGAGGAUGAAGAGGAAGUUGAUGGAGAGACUGGGAGGAAAGGAGAGGAUGGAGAAAGCGGUGGGAUGACUACGGAGUGAAGGGUCCCUCUGAUUUCAUUUCCAAGAUGGAAACGUGCUGUACCACCGACAGGAGAAUGGGUGAUAAGUGAAGGUGGAACGUGUGAUGGGAGAAGGGCAGAGGAUGCGAAGUACUUCAAGAUGGUAGAUCGGUGUUGAUGUGCAGAGAGAAACUUGACCAUGAUGGUUUGACCUGUAGGGCUGACUCUGAGUGUUUGACCUUGAGGUUAGACCUUUAGGAAGUGUCCUUGAGGGUUUGACCUUGAGAGGCUGACGAGUGUCGGCUUUGAGGGAAGACAUGUAUGAUUCGUCCUGAGGGAUUUGAUCCUUAGGUGACUUUGAGGAUUUGUCCCAAGGGUUGGACUUUGUGGUCGAGCUUGAUGUGGAUGUAGAGGGAUGGGAAGAGGCAGAGGUCUUAUCUCUCCAGAAAUGGCCAGUCCAUUGAUCAAAUUGAUCUGGCACAAGGUAAAGUUGUCUUUACAACUCAUAAGGUUUAGGAAGCCAAAGUUGGAAAGAUGGAAAGAUAAGGUGACAUAGGAGUUCCUCUAUAGAAGGCAAGAGAGAGGGAAAAUUAGAGAAACAGACAUGAAUGAAACCUUAGUAAUUCAAAAGGAAAACUAUCCUUGUGGUAAAGAGAUUAAAGUCACUUAAGGUGGCAUCACACAAACAACCAAAACCAUAUCAGUUGAAUAAACCAUGUUAAAUAUUAGGUUUGGAAUGUUUAUCAUAUAUUUACUUAUCCUUAAAGAUGAUAUGUUACAAUUUUAGUAUUAUGUCCAAAUAUUUAUCAGUUGUGAUGAAAAUUGAACCAAUUCAUUGACAUUUUCUCAUGAAGUUGGUAAUGUCUAAAUUUGUGCCUAUCAUAUCAAAACAUGAACAUGUUAAGAGAAAAUGUUGAACUUUGUAUCAUGUUACUUAAAGAUGUUAGUCCCAUCCUUUACAAAAAUUACUCUGUAUGUUAUCGUCUGGAAUUAUGUCAUAGUUUCACGAAUUUAAUGAAUUUAACUGAGGGCCCCUUUCCUAUAUCUAUAGAUAAUAAAACUCUUUAUUUUUGCUCAAUCCAAUAUACUUUUGUAAC